GAAGGAGAUCAUGCUGCAGAGUGAUCGGCACAAUCGACGGGUCUGGCAGUUUUGUUCAACCAAGCAUGAAUAGCAAGUGGUCGAUAUUCUGACCCUUGACGACAAGGUUCUUUCCUUAGGCCCCAAAAAUUUGAUCGGGUUGCUUCCCCCGUCAAAAGGAAUAUUCUUAUCAGACGAAAGGACAUUUUGGUUUUUCUAGGGGAGCGUAGCAUGAAGCAAGCGGUUUUACGUGGAGUAGCACGUUAUUUGUCGUCCCUGCCAGCAACGGCUCGAGCUAUAGCUUGCAAUACUAGUGGCCCCUGAUCACAUCCAGCGACAGACUCGAUGCUUCACAGCCUCAAACGUCGAUCCUCGGAAAUACUGCGCAUAUUUGGGCCCAGUGCUUUCGUCAUUAGCAUCUUAUUGAACAUCCUCACCAUCCUGCGCGUGCAAAAUAGAUCGGUCGAUGAUAGGAAGUACACUUACAUUGACGAUGAUUAUCCGACUGAAUUACCCCUCCGCCUGGACACCAUCGCGAUGACGUUUAACAGCACAGACCAUUACAGUACAUCUGGGAUCAUGGUCUGGUUCGAGUGGAAUUCACUAGAUCAUUUUCCACGAGACUGGCACGGAUUUGUGCGCCUGGGACCAGACGGGCGAGUGUUUGGUAUCUCGAUGUUUCACCAGAUUCAUUGCCUACAAAUGAUCCGUCAUUAACGGGCCCGAUGACCAUAGUGGUCAUCGUUUUAACAUCUUGCGGCACAGACGGCUUGGGUGUGACGCAUGUGUGCCGGGAUUGGACACAGGUUUAUGCGUACAUCGUGGAGAACCACAAGGGCCCUU